GUUCUUUGACGUCAGUUCUUUAAUUUCAUAAUCCAUUUCUUUCAAUUCCGAGAAACCUGUCAAGAUGUCUGCAAAUCAAGAUUCAGUUUCCAACCAAGGAGAGUUCCACAGCCGAGUCCCUCCAUCAGAGCCUCUUACCACCAAAGGACAUGCUCCCGGUGUAAAAGUCGGCAAUGACGCCGCUCCUGAAUUCCACGCGGAAACUCUUCCGGCAGGAACAGCCCCAAGUGACCGUACCUUUCAGCCACAAACCCAAUCCGAGAUCCCAGGCCAAGCUAUGAAUCCCAAUAUCUCCAAAGAGACAUGGACUUCAGCAUCAGACACCAUCGGGGGAGCAACAUCCGCUGAUGUCCAUACUGGGUACGGUCAUCCUGGCUCCGGACAAACGAGCAACGAGUUACACGGUGUCCGAAAAAAGGAGAAGAAUGGGCUUGCAGGAGUAGGGGCAGAUCCGACUAAUACCUUCAGAGAAAGAGGUCAGGAUAUUGACUUCCCGAAAGGAACUAAGGGCAAGAGCGGGACACUGGAGGAAAGGCAGAACGUCCCUGGGGCGGAAGAGAGAGAACCUGUCAGUAGUGAAGAGGUUGCUCCUAUGAGGGACUAA